GUUGUGUUUGAGCUGUCUGGGCAGGAGAACAUGGGAGAAUGCAGAUUGGAUUUGUGAAUGUUGCAUCCUGUUCUGGUGUGCGGAUCUGCUGUAGAGCACAGACAUUGUUUCUAUCAUAUUAAUGAAUCCUCGGAGCUGAAAGCAGGGGCACUAUGGAGUACGGACACUAGCAUCGCCUGAUACAACAAGAGGAAUAAAGAUCCGCUCUGCAACGAAUACUGACACUCUGAUACAGUUCCUCGCACGCUUUUUAGUUUAAUUAAUUCUAAUUGUCGUCUGCGCUGAUUGUAAACGCUGAAAGAUAAACCAGGAGCUUUAAACCUGAAGUAAGAGAAGCAGGAAAGGCAACAACAAAAGAAAUCCCGCGCUCUCGCGAGAGCGGCCGCGAGCGCGGAAGGAGCGCGUGCUGACAUUCGAACUUUGUCUCUCAGGCGGCGGUUGGUGUUGAAGCGGAGCAGCGGCGGCCAGCGAAACCUCUUAAAUAUAGGUUAAUGUCUGAAAAACAUCACUAACCAUCGGGAAGAAGGACAGUUUUUACAUUAAUCUCAUGACCUGAAGCCCUGGAUGACCGUAGACGGUGGAUUGAGCUAGGCCAAGGGGGUUAAGAUGGUUUCCGCGGUGCUUUUAACAUUGACCACAAGCGGAGGAGAUUCAAGAUGAAGACGUGAGACAGAAGCUUGCGUCAAACUUGGCAACCUUCAACAAGGAUUGGAUGUGCAGAUGAAGUUUUGGAGCAGGCUGUUGGCUGGCUGUCUUGGGUCACUACUUAUGUUGAGCGAAUGCUGCCAACUGUUCCAGAGACAAUGGCUGAUCUAAGAUUGAAAGACCUUGUGCUUCAUCAGUUUGUACCAGUCAGUGAAGGGAUUUUUUUCUGCUUUAUACACAGCACCAUUCCAGUGCGUUCCUCAAACCCUUUAGUUUGUAAGAGCAUUGCCUUUCUCUGAAUGACUGUUUUUGGAGGGCAGAAAAAUCUGAAUUGUUUUGCCUUUGGGGAAGAAGAGGUAUUAAAGUGGCCUUUCAGUCUGUUCCAUUAUUUUGGGUUGGUUUAUGGAUGCAAUAUAGUUUUUGAUUAUCUGCUCACUCUGUGUGGGUGAAGAUAUGUCUGAAAGCUUCAGAGACAAAAUGGUUAAGUUCCUGUCACCCCCUUCGAAGAACACCAACAGCUCCAGCUCGGACUCGCUGUUAGGUGAAAGGAUUGGUCCUGAAGUCCGUCGCCGCCAUCACACAAUGGAGAGAGACCAGCUAAAAGGCGAGCACCGCUUUGUUCGUCGCAGUGUUAUUUGUGACUCCAAUGCCACAGCACUGGAACUUCCCAGCAUAGUCUUCCUACUAGGCUCACCACCAGAUUGCUCCGCUGCACCCACUGAGCAUGGUGAUGAAGGGACCAACAGCACUGCCUCAGUUGAACUGGUUUUGACUGAUGGACCAGUUGUAGUGAAGGGGCAGAUUGCUGGUGAUGAAGAGAUAGUUGCGGAGCAGAGGCCUGUGGUGUCGGCGGGUUGUGAUGGGGGAACGAAGCAAGUGCCUUCGCUUGAACAGCAGAGCAAGGUGUUGGAACUGGAGUCAAGGAAUAGUGUAGGAGCAAAAUCUGAAAAGGAGGAAGAUGAUGAAGAUAAGGAAAAGGCUCGAGCGGAGGCAGAACAACGUGAAGCAGAGAAAAAGGAACAAGAGGACAUAGAAGAGGUCGAGACGAAGGCUGUUGGAACAUCACCUGAUGGUCGAUUUUUAAAAUUUGAUAUUGAAAUUGGACGUGGCUCAUUCAAGACCGUAUAUAAAGGAUUGGAUACAGAGACUACUGUGGAAGUGGCAUGGUGUGAACUUCAGGACCGUAAAUUAUCCAAAUCUGAGAGACAACGCUUUAAAGAGGAGGCUGGAAUGCUGAAGGGUCUCCAGCACCCCAACAUUGUGCGCUUCUAUGAUUCCUGGGAAUCUCCCUCCAAGGGGAAGAAAUACAUUGUGCUUGUGACAGAGCUUAUGACCUCUGGGACCCUGAAGACGUAUUUAAAGCGGUUUAAAGAGAUGAAGAUUAAAGUCUUGCGUAGUUGGUGUCGACAGAUUCUGAAAGGGCUGCACUUCCUUCAUACCAGAUCUCCUCCAAUCAUUCACCGUGACCUCAAGUGUGACAACAUCUUCAUUACUGGCCCUACUGGAUCUGUCAAGAUUGGAGACCUGGGCCUCGCCACCCUCAAAAGGGCUUCUUUUGCCAAGAGUGUCAUAGGUACCCCUGAGUUCAUGGCGCCUGAGAUGUAUGAAGAGAAGUAUGACGAGUCAGUGGAUGUCUAUGCCUUUGGGAUGUGUAUGCUGGAGAUGGCUACUUCUGAGUACCCGUACUCCGAGUGCCAGAAUGCGGCACAGAUCUAUCGCAGAGUGACCAGCGGGGUAAAGCCUGGCAGUUUUGAUAAGGUCGCAAUUCCUGAAGUCAAGGAAAUCAUCGAAGGAUGCAUUCGUCAGAACAAAGAUGAGAGAUACUCUAUCAAGGACCUGUUAAACCAUGCCUUUUUUCAAGAAGAGACUGGUGUCCGUGUUGAGCUGGCCGAAGAGGAUGAUGGGGAGGUGGUUGCCAUCAAACUGUGGUUGCGCAUUGAGGAUGUUAAAAAACUUAAAGGCAAAUACAAGGAUAACGAAGCGAUUGAGUUUUCCUUUGAUCUCCACAAAGAUGUCCCAGAAGAUGUGGCACAAGAGAUGGUUGACUCAGGCUAUGUGUGUGAGGGUGACCAUAAGACAAUAGCAAAGGCCAUAAAGGACCGCGUGGCUUUGAUCUGCAGGAAGAGGGAACAACGGCAGCUGGUGCGGGAAGAGCAGAAGAGGAAGCAGGAAGAGGAAAAGAGAAGUCAGGUUCAGGAUGAAACCCAUUCUCAGUCCUCUGCAGCAAAGCCUUCUGUGCCCGCUUUAGCGCCAGUUCCCAUGGAGACAGAGGAGCCAGAGGGGGAGCUGCACCAGCUGCAGCAACCUGGGGCCCUGGCAUCAACCACUAGUGGUAUUGAAGCCCCGUCCACCAUUACUGUUGCUGAGUCCCAUCCUGGUCAGCCAGUUCUACCUUCAUAUGUUACUAUGCAGGCUGACCAGCAGCCUCAGUCAUCUGCAACUGCACAAAACACUCAUCUCCAACUUUCCCAGCAUCAUGGUGGGAUCCAUACACAGAACCUGCCUCAAGCUCCCCAUGCUCAAGGCAACAGUUCUUUGGCCUCAGUCCCCAUUUCACAUCCUGGAAAUACUGUUCCACUGCAGCAGACCAUUCUGCCAGCUCCUGUUCAACCUGGUAUGUCCCUGCAGCACCAUACAGUACCACUAGAUGGGAUUGCUGCUCAGCAGAACUCCAUUCAACCUUUACCACCACAAAGCUCACUUCAGAUUUGGGCAAGCCAACUCAGCCCUCCUGUUUUUUCUCCACCUCCAAAUGCUGAACAACUAUAUUUCUUAUAUCAGGCCUUUCAGGCUCAUCCCAGUGUGUCUCAGCCUCUUCCUCCAGAGCAGACUCAAGUACAGCCAGUCAUGAUUCCACCAUCUGCAGAGAGUGGUCAGUCUGAUGCAGCCUCAGGGCUGAGUGAUGGGAAUGAGGGCAGGCACGAAGCUCGCUCUAUGAAGCGCCACCAGCGUCGCUCUGUACGCAGCCGCUCACGCCAUGACAAAAUGGCCAAGGCUAAGCUCAUUGUUCUCAAUAUUUCCAAUAUUGGUGACAGAGUUGCUGAAUGUCAGUUGGAAACCCACAACAGGAAAAUGGUGACAUUUAAGUUUGAUCUGGAUGGUGACAACCCUGAAGAAAUCGCACAAAUUAUGGUCCAGAGUGACUUCAUCCUGGAGAGUGAGCGGGAGUCCUUUAUCGAGCAAGUUCGGGAGGUUAUAGAUACAGCAGAUGUGAAAGGGGAAGCUAUAAAGGACAGCUUUUCACUGGUAACGAGUGACUCAAAUCAGCAGGUGCCAGAGAUAUUAACUUCUAAUAUUCCUGGUGUGCCACCAAAUGUGGCAUCACAAGUGGUGCACUCAGCAGGACGACGUUUCAUUGUCAGCCCUGUGCCAGAAGCAAGACUACGGGAAUUCUUUGGCCCUCCCUCUGCUAGCACAUCCUUUGGAGAUGAUCAGCCAGUGUCUGAUGCUGCCCCAGCUGGUAAUACACAAGAGCAGAGCACACUGCUUCCAAAUUCAAACCAGAUCUCUUCAUUUCCUCCUCAAGCUGGAGGUCCUGCGACUCAACCUGUUUAUCAUAAUGCAGGGAUUGCUGUACAGAAUAUUACGGUCAGUGUUCCUGUAGUAACUCAAGGUUCCUCAUCACCACCUACUGGUCCUCAACUACCAAGAACAGGCAGGAUGUCGCCUUCCCCAGAACAGCCUGUUACUCAGCGUCGCCCCUCGUUACCCACCCCACCUUACCAACUGCCUGAGACCAACAGCAUUGUUACACCUUCUACUGGUGACCAGCUGCCUGGUCUUGCUACUUCCGUCCCACAAGUUCCACCUGUCCACUCGUCCACUACCGCACCUCUGCCUGCAGCUUCUACCAGCCACUGCGGAGAGAGCGAGGGAGAAACACAAGGAAAGUCACCAGGUAUUGAAGACAUUCAUGCUUUGGACAAGAAGCUCCGCUCUCUCUUCCAGGACCAGGGUUCUUCCUCCAGUUCUUCAGGACCGCUUGAUACUUCUGCUGAAGUGGCCCCCACCUCCUCACCUCCCAACACAAUCAGCUCUCCUCCUUCUGGCCUGACUUCCAGUGCAAGCCACAUACCAUCACCAAGUCUGUCCCUGAGCUCAAGUGGACACUAUGCCUCUGGCACCUUUGCCUCUCAAGGCCAAGCAGGAACAUCUCCUGUAUAUGUGCAGACUCCUCAGCCUGAUACUGGCAUUCAAAGGCUACAGUCUCAGACAUCAGUCACUGUACUCCCAGAUGGACAAAUUGCUGCAGAGAACACACAACCUGUGGUAUCCCCAGAUGGUUUUAAACUUGGCCGAUUUCAGGUUUCUGUGGCCAGCGAUCAUGUUAUUGAUGGUGCUCCUUCUUGCCAAGCCGGGUCCUCAUCUUCUUCCACCCCAACUUCAUCACCCCCCUCCUCAUCAGUCUCAAGUCCUGAAAACACUCUUCACAAGUCCCAAACUUUACCAAAAGCAAGCUUUGAUCACAGCAUUCCAGACUUUCUCCCAGUCACUGCUGCUUCUACAACAGUUGGUCGCUUUCAGGUGACCCCUAGUUCUGAUGUCACAGUGGGAUGUUUCUCAGUUACUCCGUCUGGCACAGAGGAUACUGCUGAAACUAUGAAGGAGGAACCUUUCACCAGUCAGGAUGUUCGAAUGUCACCAGCCAGCCAGUCCAAUUCCCAGUGCUACAUAAGCAGUGACAAUGACUCCGAGCCAGAGGACGAAGCUUUCAAAAUUGAGAUCAAGCAGCUCAGGGACAGACAUAUGACUGAGAUCCAGACCUUGCAUUCUAAGCAGAAGAAAGAACUUGAGGAGCUGUAUGCACGAAUGGGCAAACCACGACCUUCUGUGGUGGCACCUUCCGCAGUAGCUGUAGCAGGCGGUCGGCGGAGGCCCACUAAAGGCAAGGGUAGCAAGUCGAGCCGCAGUGGCAGCAAUCACGGCAGUCCCCAGCAACAAGGGGGCAAAUAUUCCACACAAGUCAGGCAGUCUUCAAUCAGUCAGUCAGCAACAGGAAAGAGUCCAGUUCCCCAAAGUAUGACUGUUCAGGAUACUCAGUCAGAAGGAAACGCAAAUAAAGCAGAAAACGGUUCAAGUUCAGCCACUAAUCUUCCCCGAAAAGGCACAUUCACAGAUGACCUCCACCAGCUGGUGGACGACUUUGCUCGGGAUGCCAUGAGCCAGGCUCAGGUCAAAAAAAGUGCAAAGCAAAAUGCACACGGCCAUGAUACAAUGCCUCGAAAGUUCUCUGCACCACAGCUUUGCUCUAUGGGCAGUCAUGUGUCCACUUCCUCUAACCCUGGUACUGGACGGAAAGGUUCCCUGUGUCUGACAUCACAGCAGUACACUUAUCCUAAUGCCCCUUACGCCACACCACAGUGGACAGGGCCAGCAGCAGGACACGCUCAGGUGGGCUUGUUACAGCCCACAGCCACAAAUGCCCUCCAACAGGGCUUCCACAUAACGACUGGGCCUCACAAACCUGGAAGUAACGGUAGUGGAACUAACAUGCAGACCACUCAGGCAAGUUGAGACAGAAGGGUGCAUUACCACUGGCAGUAAAUUAACACCGCACAUGUACUGUAACACUUGGAUUGAACUGUUCUCAAUAAGCGUAAACCUAUUUCUGUACAUAACUACACUUGUGUGUCUAGGAAACCAGCUCUGCAGAUGUUAUAGGGAAAGUAGAACAGGGAAUGAACAGACUUUUUCAUUUGAGAAUAUGGUGUUUCUCAUGUAGUCUGCAGUCUGCCUUUAAAUUUAAGGGGUAAUGUAAGUAGAUGCGUUGUGACUUGGUUGGCUGACACCUGAGCAAGUCAAAGGAAGACUUUGGGUCUUACAGGUUGAUGUGUACAAAGCAGCAUGCACACGUCUGGCAGACAAAACUCUUAAGUUCUUAUUGCUUUAUCUAAAGUUCUAGCCUUAAAUAUUAAGCUUUGGUCUCUUUAGAUGCAGAGAUAUGUAUGUCAUUCUUUGUAGGAUAAGAACAUUCAGUGGUUUUGUAUCCAAAAUGUUUACACCUGUUAUUUUACCUAACUUUUUGUUUUCAUCUACUCUGGAUUAUUUUUUAUUACCAAAAAAAAACAAACAAAACAAAAUAGUUAAGGUUAACAUGUACAUUUGGAUUAGUAAUGCUGCCUGUUCAUAUCUACUGUACAAGAGGCAAUAAGCAAGUGAUGGAUAAGGUAUGUGGGAAACGUGGCAAAGAAAGAAAGAAAAAGCCUUUGUUGGUGGUAAAGUGGGGUUAGUAUUUAAAUAAUUACCUUACUACACAUUCAUCAAAACUAGUAAACCCCAACCCCCAAUUAUGAGAUUUUUUUUAUGUUCACAAUUAUUUAAUCGAAAUGUUCUUAGGCAGCAUUUAAAUUUAUAAAAAGUGUGCAAUAUAUGAAGGUUUGAUACAGCACUUGACAAACUUUACACCCACUCCCUAUAGAAAUAUAUAGACUGUGACCUUUUUUUGUAUUUGUGACGUUAUUUUGAAUAACAUUGUGUAGGUGUGUAUUCUCUCUGUUCCCACAGAUACUGUAAUUUAAUGAAAGUAAAAAUAAAACAGCAUGGACUAUGGUGUCCUGGAUGGCUACAGGGUGUUGCAUCCUGUAUAUGGGGUGCCUUUUUAAAUUACGAGACAUUUUCUGUUUGCGCCACUUUUGAAGAAAUGUUCCAUCCAUUUUGUUUUAAAGGAUCUUAUGGUCAGUAAAUCUUAGUACUGUCCUUCUGAAAUUGGCAAUCUUCUCCCUUCCCAAAGGUCACUGUAAAUAGAAAAAGUGGAUCUAAGAGGUGGGUAAAAUUAACAAAGCUUCCUAAAUGAUUACAGUAUUGCACAUUUGUCCAAGUUGUCUUUGUACUCCAGAAAUACCACUCUUAACAUUUUAUUCCUGAGCCGCAAAGAGUGCCAUUCCCUCACAGAAGUGACUUUCUCUCACCUCUGAAAUGAUCAGCUUGACUUCUCUAGAGAAGGAAAUAUGUUACUGCAAUGCAGAGUAUGCACCGAUUUAAAAGGUUUAACAGGCACGGGAGGCUAAUGUUACUUUUGAUACUUGAGUGCAUGAAUUUUUCUAAAUCUGAUUUUCAUCAACCACAUUCUCUAACGCAGUCCACACGUACACAGUUCAUAUACCACUAGUGUCACAAAUCACACCCUGCUGUAUUCAAUGUUUCUCAACGUUGCAUGUUUUUAUAAAAAUAAUCUCAUAUGUUUAGUAAAUUAGCAUUAAAUGAAAAACAGGCAAUUAAUACAGGUGACGUAGUGAUUUUCAGAUAUUGACUGUAUUUAUUGUUGUGUUAAUCCUGUUUUUAAGGAGAAAAAAAAUUGUAUAUACAAAAGAUUAAUUAAACAUUUUGGAAAUUA